CCGAAAAUCUCGUAACACCCGGUCCUUACAGCAGUAGUUUACAAGUUGCUAAUUGCACUGCGGUAACUGUACAGCGAUCUUCCUGCGUCCAGAAAUCAGAAUCCGCACAUCAGAGACUUGUUAGUUUUGAAUAAAAGAAAAGAAAACUAGUUUCCAAUGAAGAAGGCAGUGCUGUUUAGUUUGUGGGGUGCUGUUGUUACACCCCAUCUUGCCCAGACGUUUCAGAAGUUUGAGGAAACUACUGGUAUUUCGAGGGGUUUCAUAAAGAAUGUAAUUGCAAAAAUUGGCAGUGAGAAUGCACUGUAUCGCUUGGAGAAAGGAAAAGUCACCCUAACUCAGAUGAUUCCUGAGUUUGAAGCGGAGUGUCAGAAGGUUGCGGCUGAUCUGGGACUUUCUUUACCUGCACAAUUCUCAGCUCAGAAGCUUUUCAGUGACAUCGGGCAGGCAGAAUUCUACAAGCCGGUUCUUGAUGCUGCGGCUGUCCUCCGUCGUCACGGCAUCUCUACCUGCGUCCUGGCCAAUAUCUGGGUGGAUGACACUGAUCAGAGAGACGGCGUCGCUAGGAUUCUCUCCGUAUUGGAAAGCCAUUUCAACCUGGUUGUGAGAUCUUGCUAUGCCGGUGUCAGAAUCCCAGAGCCAGACAUCUUUACCAGUGCCCUUGAAAAACUUGCGCUUAAACCUCAAGAAGCAGUCUGGCUGGAUGUGGAUGAAGAAAGUAUCAAGGCAGCUGAAGGUUUGGGAAUGACGGCUGUUCAAGUCAAGGACAUCACUGAGGCUCUAAAGGAAAUCCAGAAGCUUACAGAAAUAGAGGUCACCAGUGAUCUCCAGCCACCCUCUUGUGAUCCUGAAAAUGUCUCUCAUGGAUAUGUGAAUAUUAAGCCUGGCGUGAAGAUCCACUAUGUGGACUUGGGAGACGGACCGCCUGUUCUCCUGUGCCAUGGCUUCCCUGAGAGUUGGUUUUCCUGGAGGUAUCAGAUUCCGGCUUUGGCCAAUGCUGGAUUCAGGGUUCUAGCUCUUGACAUGAAAGGUUACGGUGACUCCACUGCUCCACCAGAGAUUGAGGAGUAUUCUCAAGAACAACUCAUGCUGGAUCUGGUGACAUUUUUGGAUAAAAUGGUAUGUACAGUUUUUUUACUUUUCACACAUGCAUAUAAUUACAGGAUUACUGAACGGUAUCAGGGUGUUGCAGAGGCUGAACUGGAGAAAAACCUUGAGCGAACCUUCAAACUGAUGUUCAUUGCAAGUAAUGAAACUAAAUCAUUUCCUAGCACCGCAGGAGUCUGCCAGAGAGGUGGAUUGUUUGUGGGGUCACUGGAUGAUCCACCCCGCAGUGCUAUUCUCAGCGAAUCUGUGCUGCAGUACUAUGUUCAGCAGUUCACCAAGAGCGGCUUCAGGGGUCCUCUGAACUGGUACCGUAACGGGGAGAGGAACUGGCGUUGGAUGUGUUCCAGGCCGAGGGGCAAGAUCAUGAUGCCAGCUUUAAUGGUGACCGCAGGAAAGGACCCUGUUCUUCUGCCAGCCUUUGCCACAGGCAUGGAGAGCCUGGUCCCCAACCUCACCAGAGGCCACAUUGAGGAGUGUGGACACUGGACUCAGAUGGAGAGGCCUGCAGAGCUCAAUGAAAUCCUCAUCUCCUGGCUGAAGGAAACACACCAGAAAGCCUCUAUCCAUGUUCAUCCCAAGUUAUGAGAGCAUGAUCUUGAUUUAACUAUACGCAGGCGAAUGAACUAAAGUGCACUAAUGUCCAGGCUUGCUGAUUGCAUAAUAAUAGUCCAUUGUCAUGUGAGUAGAUUUCAGUAGUCCAGUGCUUUUUAUAUGAAGUCUUUUAUAAUACACUGCAAUAAUGAACAGACUUUUUUUACAGACAGUGUCUGUAGCUCAAAUAAGCUCAUAUUUACAUUUUGUGUGAACAGCAUCUGUCACUGUUUGCACUUAGUGU